AUGGCGAUGGCAGCGACCGGGGCUGCGCUUCACUUCCUAGAUAACUUCCAGCGGCAUCGUGCUGAGCUUACGAUCAAGUACACGCCUACGAGAUUUGGCCGUUUCUCAACGAUGGUAGAAUUGUCUCUCAAAGACCAUGAGUGGCAACGGGAUGGUGGCCUACCACCAAACGAAAUAGGGGAGCGAUACUCUCGAGAAGAUACCCUUGCACAUCGAGAUGAAUGGGAGCAGCUAGGGAGAGGAUUCGAGGGUAGAGUAUACAGAUACCAGGGAAAUGUCAUCAAAGUGUUCAGCAGCGAGAGAGCACCGCUCAGGAACUGCAUGCCUGGAACAGAACCACGGCUACGGUGGCCAACGGAAAUCCCAGCCUCCCUUAUUCUUGGAGGUCUGGCCGGUGAACAGAGAAGCCAAAACAGUUCAGGCUUUCUAUCCGUCGUCGACUAUUACCUUCCGCCUAGCACGGGGAAUGAAGUCGGGGAAUGGCAUCUUGUAACCCCAUUCCUACCACUGGGUAACCUUGGGAAGCUGGCGCAUCAGUUGAGGAAGUCUGGCAUCUCAUAUACAGCUCGCGACCUCGAUAUCAUGUUCCGACCCUCGAUUGAGCAUCUGUUGGAGGUGUUGGGCGGGAUGCAUUCGGAUUCUGGGCUCUGCCAUGAUGAUGUGAAGUUGGACAAUAUAUUCCUUGGUUCUUCGCAGCCGGUGCUAGACACAUCAAACUUGGAGGCUGGUUCAGCAAGAGAAUGGCUUCUAGGGGAUCUCGGCAACGUUCGUGAACGAGAGCAUCCGUAUCAUUCGUCAAACCUUUGGACACUGAGCGGGAACUUACUUGACUGCCGAGCAAACGAUGUACUUAGGCUGCUCAAGGUAUACAUGGCUUUUCUCAGGGAUUCGAUGGCCGAACCUGCAACAUUCGACGAGGGGUUUUUCCAAGACUCACAGCCAUGGAGCAGGCUGUUUUGGUCGGUUUGGGAAGACGCUCAGGAAGGGCGAGGCCUAUCUGCAAGCUCGGCUUUGGAGCUGUCGCGGAAGACAGCACAUAGGCCCACAGAUAAGCCAAGAGAGAACGCGUACGUCGAUCGUCAGCCAAGAUCAAGAUGGGACAUUCUUUGGCGAAUGAUAGCAGGAAACAGCGUGGCACGGCACUGGGCAGUGAAGCAGACACUUCGUAUCAGUGCAGGAGACGCAGUGGCCAGGAAAUGGGGGCUGGUCCUCCUCCUGAGCGUGCCUCGUGGUGCUUGUGAUGCAGAUACCCUAUAG